CACAAGGCUAUAGUUCAACAUCCCAAUCUGGGGCACAUAUCCCAUUUCAAAUUCCAGGCUCUUUGACUUCAAGGCACUGCAACAAUUGUAAGCCAACCACCCUGGAGUUCACCCUGGGACCAGGAAAGGUCCACGCAGACGUGUCCGUGCAGCUCGGUCCAGGUGAAAUUAAAAAAGAGGGACGUAACACCAUCCGGUAGUUUUUAGCCACAGGGCUACGCCGAGCCACACAGAACAGCCAAUGGGAGCGGUAAAGCUGGCCCAGGUGCUUCUGGGAUGGUCGGCUGUGUGCUGGGCCGCUGUCCACACAGCGUAUGGCCAGGCAGGAGCGGGUGACGGAACGUACCAAGCCAGCCGCUUCACCGAAAAGGUGGAUGAGAGGGAGGUGCAGAGGGUUCGCCGGAGAGGCCAGGAGACACUCAGAGGGCCCAAUGUGUGUGGCUCUCGGUUCCAUUCCUACUGCUGCCCUGGCUGGAAGACUCUGCCUGGGGGAAACCAGUGUAUUGUCCCGAUCUGCCGUAACUCGUGUGGCGAUGGUUUCUGCUCCAGACCCAACAUGUGCACCUGUGGUAGCGGUCAGCUCUCCCCCAGCUGUGGGGCCGGAGCUGGAGUGCAGAGCUGUAACGUCAGGUGUAUGAACGGAGGCAGCUGCCAAGAAGACUCAUGCUCUUGUCAGAAGGGCUACACAGGCAAUCACUGUGGACAGCCUGUGUGUGAGAACGGUUGCCAGAACGGAGGGCGCUGCAUUGGGCCCAACCGAUGUGCCUGUGUCUACGGCUUCACUGGCCCGCAGUGCGAGAGAGACUACAGAACCGGGCCCUGCUUCACGCAGGUCAACAACCAGAUGUGCCAGGGCCAGCUGAGUGGCAUCGUGUGCACCAAGACGCUCUGCUGUGCCACCAUUGGACGGGCGUGGGGACACCCCUGUGAGAUGUGCCCCGCCCAACCUCACCCCUGUCGCAGAGGCUUCAUCCCCAACAUCCGCAGCGGAGCGUGCCAGGACGUGGAUGAGUGUCAGGCUGUCCCCGGGCUGUGUGCUGGCGGAAACUGUAUCAACACAGUGGGCUCGUAUGAGUGUAAAUGUCCUGCAGGCCAUCGCCAGAGUGACACCAGCCACAAGUGUGAAGACAUAGACGAGUGCAGCACCAUCCCAGGUGUGUGCGACGGAGGUGAGUGCACCAACACGGCCGGCAGCUACGUCUGCACAUGUCCACGCGGUUACGUCACCAGCACCGACGGUGCCAGAUGUGUAGACCAGCGCCUGGGCACGUGUUUCUCAGCGUUGGCCAAUGGGCGAUGUGCAGGCGACCUACAGGGCCAGUUUACCAAGAUGCAGUGCUGCUGUGACACUGGCCGCUGCUGGGCCUCUGGACAGAUCCCUGAGAUGUGCCCUGUCAGGGGGUCUGAUGAAUACAGGAGGCUGUGCAUUGAGGGGGUAGCCCACGGCACGGGGAACGUACAUUUCCCCCAUGGUGUUUUCCUUAACGGUGGUGGCUACCCCAGCAAAGGUGGCAUCAACAACCGUUAUCCCUAUCCCAACGGACCCAAUGGCUACGGUCCUAAUGGCAACGGCGGCGGAGGAAACGGAGGCGGCCGUGAUGUUGCUCCUGUGUCGGUCAAUGACACCGUGGACGUGUGUAAACAUUUCACCAACCUGUGUCUGAACGGUCGCUGUAUCCCCACACCCACCAGUUACCGAUGUGAAUGUAACAUGGGGUACAGGCCGGACGUACGCGGGGAGUGCAUCGAUGUGGAUGAAUGCGUCAGCAACCCCUGUGUCAAUGGGGACUGUGUCAACACACCUGGAUCAUACCACUGCAAAUGUCACGAAGGUUACCAGGGCACCCCCACCAAACAGGCCUGCAUAGACAUUGAUGAGUGCAUUGUGAACGGUGUGAUGUGUCGUAAUGGACGUUGUGUCAACACUGACGGAAGCUUCCAGUGCAUCUGCAAUGCUGGCUUUGAACUCACUCCUGAUGGGAAGAACUGCAUAGAUCAUGAUGAGUGUGCCACCACCAACAUGUGCCUGAAUGGAAUGUGUAUCAACGAGGAUGGAAGCUUCAAGUGCAUCUGUAAACCUGGCUUUGCUCUGGCGCCUAACGGACGCUAUUGUACAGACAUCGAUGAGUGCCUGACGCCAGGCAUCUGCAUGAACGGACGAUGCAUCAACUCCGAGGGCUCCUUCCGCUGCGAGUGCCCACCGGGCCUGGCCAUCGAUGUGGACGGGAGAGUGUGUGUGGACACGCACAUGCGCACCACCUGCUACGGCGCCAUCAAGAUGGGCACUUGCUCAAGGCCGUUCCCAGGCGCCGUCACUAAGUCCGAGUGCUGCUGCGCCAGUCCCGAACAUGGCUUCGGAGAGCCCUGCCAGCCCUGCCCUGCGCGGAACUCAGCCGAGUUCCAGGCGGUGUGCAGCAGUGGUAUUGGCAUCACGGCUGACGGCAGAGAUAUCAAUGAGUGUGCUCUGGACCCAGACAUCUGUCAGAACGGCAUGUGUGAGAACCUACGAGGCAGCUACCGCUGCAUUUGUAACAUUGGCUACGAGUCAGACUCCAGCGGCAAGAACUGCGUGGACAUCAAUGAGUGCCUAGUGAACCGUCUGCUAUGUGACAACGGUCUGUGUAGAAACACGCCUGGCAGCUACACUUGCUCCUGUCCCAAAGGCUUUGUCUUCAAACCGGACUCGGAGACCUGCGAAGAUAUCAACGAGUGUGAGUCCAGCCCCUGUGUCAACGGACUCUGCCGGAACAUCGCUGGCUCCUUCAACUGCGAGUGUUCCCAUGGCAGCAAACUGGACUCCACCAACACCAUCUGCGUGGACAGCAUGAAGGGAACCUGCUGGCUAAACAUCCAAGAUGGCCGUUGUGAGGUCAACAUUAAUGGAGCCACACUUAAGUCUGAGUGCUGCUCUACCCUGGGAGCCGCCUGGGGCAGCCCCUGCGAACGCUGUGAAAUCGACACCGCCUGCUCUAGAGGGUUCGCUCGUAUGAAGGGAGUCACCUGUGAAGACAUCAAUGAGUGUGAGGUGUUCCCCGGGGUGUGCACCAACGGGCGCUGCGUCAACACCCAGGGCUCCUUCCGUUGCGAUUGUGCUGAGGGACUCACUCUGGAUGGCAGCGGGCGCACCUGCGUGGACGUGCGCAGCGAGCAGUGCUACAUGAAGUGGCACGAGGAUGAGUGUGGCGAGCCACUGCCCGGCCGCUACCGUGUGGACAUGUGCUGCUGCUCGGUCGGGGCGGCCUGGGGCCUGGACUGUGAGGAGUGUCCCAAAGAGGGCUCCCCAGAGUACAAGGCCAUAUGCCCGCGAGGACCAGGCUUCGCCAAUCGAGGAGACAUACUGACCGGCAGACCCUUCUACAAAGAUGUGAAUGAGUGCAAGGUGUUCAACAGCCUUUGUUCCCACGGAACGUGUCGCAACACGAUCGGCAGCUUCAAAUGUCGCUGCAGCCGGGGAUUUGCCCUGACCAUGGAAGAGAGGAACUGCACGGAUAUUGAUGAAUGUCGUAUCUCUCCGGAUCUGUGCGGCCAUGGCACCUGUGUCAACACCCUGGGCACCUUUGAGUGUGAAUGCUUCGAGGGUUACGAGAGUGGCGUCCUGAUGAUGAAGACCUGCAUGGACAUUGAUGAAUGUGAGCGGAACCCACUUCUUUGCCGAGGAGGCAAUUGUCUGAACACAGAGGGGAGUUAUGAGUGUGAAUGUCCCCCAGGACACCAGCUCAGCCCAGAUGGUUCCUCCUGCGAAGAUGUGAACGAGUGUCAGCUGAGUGACAACCUGUGUAAGAAUGGCCACUGUGUGAACAUGGUGGGGAACUACCAGUGCUCCUGUGACACAGGUUACCAGGUGACACCGGACCGGCAGGGCUGUGUGGAUAUUGAUGAGUGCACCAUAAUGAAUGGCGGCUGUGACACACACUGUACCAACUCGGAGGGCAGUUACGAGUGCAGCUGUAGUGAGGGCUAUGCACUCAUGCCUGACCUCAGGACCUGUGCUGAUAUUGACGAGUGUGAAGACACCCCUGAUAUCUGUGAUGGAGGCCAGUGCACCAACAUCCCUGGGGAGUACCGCUGCCUCUGCUACGACGGCUUCAUGGCCUCCAUGGACAUGAGGACCUGCAUCGAUGUGAAUGAGUGUGACCUGAACUCUAACAUCUGUCUGCACGGGGACUGUGAGAACACCAAGGGAUCCUUCAUCUGUCACUGCCAGCUCGGAUACUUUGUCAAGAAAGGCUCAACAGGCUGCACAGACAUCGACGAGUGUGAGAUCGGGGCCCACAACUGUGACAUGCAUGCCGCCUGCGUCAACGUUCCCGGGAGCUUCAAGUGCCGCUGUCGGGACGGCUGGGUGGGGGAUGGCAUCAAGUGUGUGGACCUGGAUGAGUGUUCCACUGAGGAGCACAACUGCAACCCCAACGCAGACUGUGUGAACACCCCCGGCUCCUACCGCUGUGCCUGUAAGGAUGGCUUCAACGGGGACGGCUUCUCCUGCUCUGACAUGGACGAGUGUGCUGACAACGUCAACCUGUGUGAGAACGGCCAGUGUCUGAAUGCCCCGGGGGGGUACCGCUGCGAGUGCGAGAUGGGCUUCACCCCCACUGAGGACAGCAAGGCCUGCCAGGAUAUCGACGAAUGUAACUUCCAGAACAUCUGUGUGUUUGGAACAUGUCAGAAUCUCCCAGGGAUGUUCAGGUGUGUUUGUGACGACGGCUACGAGCUGGACCGCAGUGGAGGAAACUGCACUGACAUUAACGAGUGUGCCGAUCCGGUGAACUGCAUCAACGGCUUGUGUGUGAACACGCCGGGAAGCUACAUGUGCAACUGUCCUCAUGACUUUGAGCUCAACCCUACCGGAGUGGGCUGCGUGGACACGCGGGUCGGGAACUGUUUCCUGGACACGUUGGCGCGCGGCGACGGUGGGAUCUCCUGCAGCGCCGAGAUUGGCGUGGGCGUGACCCGCGCCUCCUGCUGCUGCUCCCUGGGAGGGGCUUGGGGAAACCCCUGUGAACUGUGCCCUUCCAUCAACUCCACGGAGUACAAAACCCUUUGUCCCGGGGGAGAGGGCUUUAGACCCAACCCCAUUACUGUCAUCCUGGAAGACAUUGAUGAGUGCCAGGAGCUGCCUGGCCUUUGCCAGGGCGGGAACUGUGUCAACACCUUCGGCAGCUUCCAGUGCGAAUGCCCCGCUGGGUACUACCUCAACGAGGAGACGCGCAUCUGUGAAGACAUCGAUGAGUGCACGGCCCACAUUGGAAUCUGCGGCCCGGGGACCUGUUACAACACGCUGGGGAACUACACCUGUGUCUGUCCUCCUGAGUACAUGCAGGUCAACGGAGGCAACAACUGCAUGGACAUGAGGAAGAGCGUUUGCUACCGCAACUUCAACGACACGUGCGAGAACGAGCUCUCCUUCAACAUGACCAAGAAGAUGUGCUGCUGCGCCUACAACGUGGGCAAGGCCUGGAACAAGCCGUGUGAAGCCUGUCCCACCCCGGCCACGUCGGCGUAUCAGUUGCUGUGCGGGAACCAGGCUCCUGGGUUCAUCAUAGACAUCCACACGGGGAAGCCCAUCGAUAUUGAUGAGUGCAGGGAGAUCCCUGGUAUUUGUGCCAACGGGGUGUGUAUCAACCAGAUAGGAAGCUUCCGCUGUGAGUGUCCCAUGGGCUUCAGCUACAACAACAUACUGCUCAUAUGUGAAGAUAUUGAUGAGUGUAACAGCGGAGACAACCUGUGCCAGCGCAACGCCAACUGUAUCAACAUCCCAGGGAGCUACCGGUGCGAGUGCUCCCCAGGCUUCAAGCUGUCCCCCAGUGGGGCCUGUGUGGAUCGUAAUGAGUGCCAGGAGAUCUCUAACGUGUGUAGCCAUGGAGAAUGCAUCGACACUCAGGGCAGCUACCGCUGCCUGUGUCACAACGGAUUCAAGGCCACAGCUGACCAGACCAUGUGCAUGGAUAUUGAUGAGUGUGACAGACAGCCGUGUGGAAAUGGAACCUGCAAGAACACAGUGGGCUCCUACAACUGUCUGUGCUUCCCCGGCUUUGAGCUCACUCACAACAACGACUGCAUGGACAUUGACGAGUGCAGUGCGUUGGUCGGUCAGGUCUGCAGGAACGGCCGGUGUAUAAAUGGCCUGGGGUCCUUCCAGUGUCUCUGUGAGGACGGCUAUGAACUGACCCCCGACGGAAAGAACUGUGUCGAUAUCAAUGAGUGUGUGAGUUUUCCCGGCACCUGCUCUCCUGGAACCUGCCAUAACCUUGAUGGAACAUUCCGCUGUCUCUGCCCUAUUGGAUACGAAGUCCUGAAUGACCAGUGUAUAGAUAUCAACGAGUGUGAUACAGAGCCCAAUAUCUGCCAGUUUGGCACAUGCAAAAACACCCCAGGAAGCUUCCAGUGUAUCUGCCAGAGUGGCUUUGUGCUGUCUGACAACGGACGACGCUGCUUCGAUACCAGAUCCAGCUUCUGCUUCACCCGCUUUGAGUCUGGCAAGUGUUCUGUGCCCAAAGCCUUCAACACCACUAAGGCCAAGUGCUGCUGCAGCAAAAUGCCAGGCGAAGGCUGGGGAGAUCCCUGUGAGCUGUGCCCACGUGAGACCGAAGCGGCUUUCGACAGCCUGUGUCCCUACGGUCACGGCGCUCUGCCUGGACUGGGGGAUGCCCGAGAGGAUAUGAAUGAGUGCCUGGACAAUGCAGACAUCUGUCAGAAUGGGGUCUGUAUCAACACAGACGGAUCAUUCCGCUGCGAUUGUCCUUUCGGCUACAAACUGGACUACACCGGGGUCAACUGUGUUGACAUGGAUGAGUGCUCCGUGGGGAACCCCUGUGGCAAUGGGACCUGUACCAACGUUCUGGGGGGCUUUGAGUGCUCCUGUCAUGAAGGCUUUGAACCCGGAUCCAUGAUGACCUGUGAAGAUAUCAACGAGUGUUCCUUAAACCCCCUGCUGUGUGCCUUCCGCUGUGUGAACACCUUUGGCUCCUACGAGUGCAUGUGUCCCUCUGGCUACGUGCUGCGCGACGACCACCGGAUGUGCAGAGACCAGGAUGAGUGUUCCGAGGGCCUGGAUGAUUGUGAGUCCAAGGGCAUGUCCUGUAAGAACCUGAUUGGUACCUUCAUGUGUAUCUGUCCCCUGGGCAUGCAGCGCAGACCUGACGGAGAGGGCUGCAUGGACCUGAAUGAGUGCCGCGCGAAGCCCGGCAUCUGUAAGAACGGCCGCUGUGAGAACAGAGUGGGCAGCUACCGCUGUGUGUGCAAUGAGGGCUUCCAGGCCAGCUCCACUGAAACAGAGUGUAUCGAUAACCGACAGGGCUUCUGCUUCAUGGAGGUUCUUCAGACUAUGUGCCAGCAGGGCUCCACCAACCGGAACAGCGUCACCAAGUCUGAGUGCUGCUGCAACGUCGGCCGUGGCUGGGGACCCCAGUGCGAGCUGUGCCCGCUGCCUGGCACCGUGCAGUACAAGAGGAUGUGCCCACAGGGGCCUGGGUACACCACCGAUGGCAGAGACAUCAACGAGUGCAAAGUGAUGCCAGACCUGUGUAAGAACGGACAGUGCAUCAACACCAUUGGAUCAUUCCGCUGCCACUGCAACGUGGGUUAUACUGCCGACUUCACUAGCACCUCCUGCAUUGAUACGGAUGAGUGUUCCGCGUCUCCCAAGCCAUGUAACUUCCUGUGUAAGAACACGGAGGGCAGCUACCUGUGUUCCUGUCCGAGAGGAUACAUCCUGCAGCCAGACGGCAAGAGCUGCAAAGAUCUGGAUGAGUGUUCUACUAAGCAGCACAACUGUCAGUUCCUGUGUGUGAACACCAUCGGAGGGUUUACCUGCAAAUGUCCUGCCGGAUUCACCCAGCACCAGACAGCCUGCAUCGAUAACAACGAGUGUAACGGCCAGAACAGUGUGUGUGGCUCCCGAGCCUCGUGUGUCAACACGCCCGGCAGCUUCAACUGUGACUGUGGGAAAGGCUUCUCUCUGGACAGCACUGGCAUUGAGUGUGAAGAUGUGGAUGAGUGCGGCACCAACCACCGCUGCCAGCACGGCUGUCAGAACAUGAUGGGGGGCUUCCGUUGCGGCUGUCCUCAGGGCUACGUACAGCACUAUCAGUGGAACCAGUGUGUGGACGAGAAUGAGUGUUCGGGUGCGUCGGUGUGCGGCUCGGCUUCCUGCUACAACACGUUGGGCAGCUUUAAGUGUGUGUGUCCAUCCGGCUUUGACUUCGAACAGGGAGCCGGGGGCUGCCAGGAUGUCAACGAGUGUUCCAUGGGCGGUAACCCCUGCAGCUUUGGAUGCUCCAACACCGACGGGGGCUACCUGUGUGGCUGUCCCGGGGGCUACUACAGAGCCGGACAGGGUCACUGCAUAACCGGCCAGGGCUUCCAGGGCCAGUACAGUUCCGAGGGAGACGACGAGGACAGCCUGUCUCCGGAGGCCUGCUACGAAUGUAAGAUCAACGGAGACGCCGCCAAGAGUGGCCGCCACAGACGUCACGCCGGGGACAAUGACCUCACGGAGGUCAGCAUGGCCAGCGUGGACAUCCAGGAGUCCAUCCCCAUGAACCUGAGCCUGGCGUCGCUGCACAACAAGGAGCCCCUGCUGGAGCUGCUGCCGGCGCUGGAGCCCCUGGAGCACCACGUGCGCUACGUCAUCACCCACGGCAACCAGGGCGAGCACUUCCGCCUGCUGGAGCGCCGUGACGGGAAGAGCGUGCUGAGGUUGGGCAGGAAGCCUCCUCCCCCCGGCUCCUACCGCCUGGAGAUCGCCAGCCUGCGCUUGUUUGGGCCGCGGCGCCUCCGCCAGCUGGAGGAGGAACAUGACAGCGACUACCUGCUGGGGGAGAUAGGAGACGCCCUGCGCAUCAAGCUGCACAUCCACCUGCACUGAACUGCAUGUGCUCCAACCCUCCCCACUCCCCUCCCAGCCUUUGGAAGGACCUUAUAAUGACCCCUUUGACCCUUGACCUUAAGCCCAGAACCAUCCCCAACCAAUCUGGGUAGGGGGGCUUUGAAAGACUGAGUCAAACAGCCCAACCACCACUUUUAAAUUGUCAACUACGUUUUUUUUUUUGUUUUGUUAUCCCGACUACCCACACACGCUGUCCCUGUCUUACCUGCCCCGCCCCCGACCCUCGACACCCGACCCCCGACCCCCAACUCAUAUUCCACUUGGAGAACAAGUGGAGGAGAUUACAGAAAGGUGUGCUUUGUUUGGACCACAAACCCCUGCCAUUUUAGAUUUUACUCACAAAAUCACUGACCAUUUAUGCCCUCGAAUCCAUGAAGCUCUGGGAUGAAGUGGAAAUUGAAGGAGAUGCACAAAACAAGCUGAAAAUGGUUGAAAUGGUAAAGUGUUAUAAAGUAGAUAAUGUAUUUUGCUGUUGAGUUGAGCGCCUAUACGACAACCUUCUAACGGUGAAGUGGUAAUGUAAGAACCACUGAUUAGCUAGGACAGUAAUAGGGGUGUUGGUGAAUGGAGGUCCAAGCUGUCCCUCACCUGUCUGUAAUCUCUGUGAAAUCACAACACUGAGGUUAGAGGUCAAUGCUUCACCCUACUCUGUACUCGAAUGUGUCUUUUAAUGUAUUGUACUGUUACAAAAAAUGUUCACACCAAGGACUGCAACACGACAGGUUUCUUGACCAAUGGAGAGUUGGCCAUCAUGCCUGGAGUCACGUCCAGGAACAGAAUACCAUGUGUCUGUCUACUGUUUCUGAUCAUGUCUACAUGUUAUCAGGGGUGGGCAGGGCUGGUGUGAUGGCGUGUGCUGUGUGACCACUUUCUAUUACCUCCGUGCUCCUCAGUCAUGUUCUCCCCUCAACAUACAUUAAUAGCUGACCCUGGCCAGGAGAGGGCCACACUAGCCCCGUUCACACCUGCCUCUGACGUGUCCUUCAUCUUGAUCUUGUCCUGAUCUGGGCCUCGUCUAGUCUGUUUACGGUCAUAAGAUCUGAUGGAAAUCGGAUGAAAGUCUGUCUUUCGAUUGUCUGCAACGAUAAGAAUGUGGACAAGGUCAGGACAAAGGACACAUGUUAAAAAACAUAUCCCUCAGCAUGAACCUGGUCCAGUGUCUCAGAGACAGGAGGUAGACCCUGUCUCUAAUCACUGGUCCAAGGUCAGGUGGGUUAUCUCCUUAAUGCUUAAGAUCUGUGGUUAGGGGCAAAAUAUACCUCAAGCAUUAAUGUCCUCCCUCCAGUAGACAGCCAGGACAUUGCACUCAUGGUGCUACAGUUUUAUAACAUGCACUGAAACUGCUCUUUGAAUGUAAUCAGGGAGACUUUGCGGAGAUAUGCAGCAAACAGGUCCUGAUGUAUUCAGUGUUUUGGAGAUUUUUUGAGAGCUGGAAUUGACUGGUAGUGAGGACUGUUGGUGGACCCCACUGCAGCCCAAAACAAACAGCUGGAGAUGACACGUACUGUAACAUCGUUGGUGGUCUGUGACAACAUUGCCGAAAGAGAUGCACAGCAUUUGGGAUAUAUACAGAACACACAUGAAUGCAGACACAAGCAGAUACACACACACACUCUCUCACGCGCAUAUUGGUGACAAAGAACCUCACGAAAAACAUGCGUCAAUCAGGUCAUAAUUGAUUUUUUUUUUCUCAAAGAAAAAAAGGUGCUAAAUAAUUCCAUCUCUUAUUAAGCUGUACAAAACAAUUGCAGUCUUGCAAAAGUGACAUUUUUACUAGGUUUUGUUUGUUUUACGUUUGUCUGUCUUUUGUAAUGUCUUAAUGCUGAAAACCAAUAUUAUCGAACUCGCUUGGAAAUUAAAUUGUAUAUUUUUAAGUAAUAUGUAGAUGUUUUUGAUGUUAUUGUUUUUACACGCGUCAACGCCGCCCAAACCAAAUACUUAUUGAAACCCAAAACCGAAGGCCUUAAAGUGCUAGUGAAUCUGUUUUGCUCAGAAAAUAUCAGAUUGAAGUGGCAUACAUUUAGUGAUCAUGCAGUAGAUUAGGAUGUGGCCUUAAUUUGUUCCACUGUUUACCAAUCCCUGUUCUUCACAGCUCGUACUGCAGUCUCUGAGCACAUGCCGCUGUUGGUCAGUAGGUGUGAUUUGCCAAAAGCCAGAAUCAGUUUGUACAGCAACAGUCAUAGGUGUUGGAAAGACAAGGUGACCAGGCUUUAUAGCAUCAGAGAUCAAUACACAGCUACAGUAACAUUCCCAUUCAACAGUGUGGCUCGGUAUUUUCAACUUGACACUGUAACGAACACAAAGGAUAGGAUCAAUGCAAACUCAAUGGGCCAUCCAUCUCACUCUCACACUGGCAGUGUCCAGUCCCGUUUCUUGUGCUCAACUAUGAUUUUGCUCUCUGAACAUCCAAGGUGACUGCACCGUUCACGCCAGCCAGGCCUAUAUUUAUGCAUAAUCAUUUUUCUAACAUGAGAACUUUUCAUUCUUUGUAUUGUGUUAUUUUAUUUUAGUUGCCACUAGCUACAUGUUGUAAAGGAUGUGCGUGUGUGUACUGUAUCUCAAAUUCAGUGUCAAACUGGAACUUCACUGUUGUCAACAGUUGAUGGGUCACAUUUGAUUUGAAUUUGAGGGAGAACAUAACUCAGUUCUACAGAGGUGCUCAGUACGGUGUAGAGAACCUCAACAACUAUUAAUCUCUCAGAAACCAGCUAAUGGUUUCUAUGACAAUCAUUGAAGCAUAUCAUACCUCUAUCUGGAACCAAACUGAACCUCCCUGACCAUCAAGUAUUUUCUGAUUUUCCAAACUUGUAUUUUAGACUAUCCAUUCAAGGUUCAUCCCUGCAAAGAAACGUUUGUUGUUAGGACAUUCCUGGAACAUCAGGAGGUUUGGUCAUGUUCCCCUGAACGUCUUUAAGAUGUCCUUUUUGCUGAGAUAUCAUGAAUUAGGUAUAAACAUUUGCGAUCUUUAAACCUGAGGGAUUCUUAUCAUUUUGUGAGCUUUUGUCAGUGACAUAAUUGGCAAUAAAAGUAUUGUGGGUUAUAUUUUUAA